AUGGUGGAAGUCCUGAGCCUCAGUGCUCUUCCUGCGCGCCCACCUACUCCCCCGCGAUCAUCCUCCUUUGAUUCAACAGUGUCCAAGUCCGAGAUCCAGCAGCCGUCCAGCCAUCAAGUUCCCCUCUCCACGCCAGACGCCGGGUCUUCGCCAUUGAACUUGUCAUCCUUUCUCCAAUCCAGCGGCCUGCCAAAGAGAGUCAAUUUCUCCCCUAUGACCAGCUAUAUUAAACCUCCGUCCUUUGCAAGCUCUAACAGCCAGAAGUCGAGAACACCACUCCGAGCUCUGCCGCCUUCAAACCAAUGCAAGCCGUCUAAAUCGAUUCUCAAAUCUUGUUGCUCGUCGCCUGCCUCAAAUUCAUCCGACGCGCAGGCAGUUAACCCAUCUGGCAACCUGCCUAGCAUGUUAGAAUCCAUCUCCAAGCAGCUCGCGGGCGACUCGCGCACCUCUAGGGCCGACGGAUACCAGCACCUGCUGGGUGCUUUGACUGCAUACUGCAACAUUCCAGAAGAGAGAGCAUUGGCAGAUAAGGUUGAGACAUUCUCACAGUACAUCCGAAGAGAUAUCUGCGAAGUAUCGGGGACCUACCAACCACUCGAUAUCAAAAUCGUACACCAGGCGUUGAAGUUGUUCGCCAUGUUCAUCUAUGAGCCGAAUUUCUCUUCUCGACUCUCAGACGAGCUAAAGGUUUUCAUGGUUGAUCACGCAAUCUCCUCUCUUCAAAAUCCGAAUGUACCAAAAAAUGUUGCAAUUGAGUAUAUGCGUAUAUUAUCCGUGCAAAAAUUGUCGCCAAAAAUUAUGACGAGCAAUCGAGUAGCACUUAUUCUGGCUGUGGUUAAAGACGUUACAGACCGGGUAGAAGGCAAAGCGGUGAUUGCACAGCGUCUAGCCAUUUAUGUAAAUCUUCUAUUCCUAUCGCAGCAAACCAUGGCGUCCCACGCUGGCUUGUGGAUGGAUCACCUUAUAACGGCCCUGCUUCAUAAUUUCAAAGAGGUACGAACAAGGGCGAUCAGACUUGGUAAGUUGGUUUCAAUGGCACUUGGUCCAAACGCCACCGUCUCCAAUGCAUUACGGGAAGUACUUGAUGUUCCGCUAGAAAAUGGCUCUCCUUUUGUCUUGGAACUUUGUGGGCGAUUAUCGGGCAUGAUACCAAAUCCCGAAAGUGGUUCACAAGUGCCGCAAAUUUGGAGUAUCAUCAUCCUCUUGCUUCGAACCAGGCGAUGGCCCAUUGACAAUUGGACCCAUUUGAAGGACUGGCUUCUAGUUAUUCAAAAGUGCUUCAACUGCAGUGACCUAACGACAAAAUCCCAAGCUCUCAUCGCUUGGGAUUUUACAGAUAUCACUAAAAUAUUAUUCCGACCAAUCCUUUCGCAACUUGAGAGGAAGAAAUCUGACAAGCAGGGUAUCCUACUCAACCAAGCGUUUACGAGUUACCACAAACUUCUCUAUUACGCCUUUCGGCCUUCGGCCUCUCAUCGUCGUCUGGCCUUCUUCUGGACAUUAUACAUUGGAACUCCACUCUCAGGAAACCUGAAUUCCGACCCAACUAACAAUGAGCGCUUGUGUCGGAUACUGUCUUUUCUUCUCUGGAAUCAGCGGCCAAGGGUUUGGGAAGAAGACAGGAUCGAAAUUAACAAGGGAACCGCCCUUGAACCGGAGGAUCUCCCAAGGCUGGACUGUAAAUGGAUUCGAUCUCGGUUAUCAAUUAUUCUCCCUGUAUUCACAUCGCUAUUCAAGACCUCAGCCUGGAAUGAUGAUGAUUUGGCUAAGUCAGGGAUUGGACUCGCGUGGACAAAUCUUUCAAAAGCUCUAGGCGAUGCUUCCAUCCAGGAGAUUACCCCUUCAUCAGAAUCUAUGCAGGCGAUUGCCAGUAUCUUAGGGACUUUGCAACGCGUUUGGAGGACAGCUCCGCUCUCAUUAAAUGUGAACGGCGAAGAACGGAGUGACACAUUUUAUAAUCGUUUCAAAUUCCUUUUGACUACAAUUGUCUCGUUCACUGGGCCAAUUCUAUUUACGGACAAGUUACUCUCACAAGUAUCUCAGGACAGGUUUCAAACCGCCACCACUCCUACACACCAACGACGAUCGGCGAACGACAAUGUCAAAUCUCCUAUACUUCACUUACUUCAGUUAAUUACAUUUUCGCCGUUGUCCUCAUCGACAACCAGCCCCGAAUAUUUUCAACUACUUCAUGGCAUAAUCGAGAUGAGUGCGCAAGGAAAAUCAUCGAGGAAUGCCAAGCUGCGAACUCUUCGUCAAUUUGCAGACAUAUUCUUAGAACAAUCGGGAAAUGUUUCUUCCAAUCUGGAAUGUUUGUCCAACUGCCACUAUGUAUGGUACAACAUAGCCAAGCUGGCUAAUGAAUGCCUUGCGACCUUCCCACUGGAAACUGAGGUUAAAAAACAUGACGAUUCAGCGUCUAAUGACUACGACAACGUAAUAGCUAUCCUUGUUGCGGGGUCUGCUUUUGAGCCAGUAUUUUUAGAGUGGUCCUUGCUCCUUGAUUCACUCGGUUCUAUUGUUCGAGCCGAGAAGGGUGAAGCUACUUUAGCUACUACCCUUGAGACGCUAGCAGAAGCCAUCAGCUCCCAACCACUAUCAGCAAUCGCUGGCCAUUGUGCAGCUCUACUAGACUUAAUCAAACUCCAGGAGCAUCCUCCAUCCUCGCUGCAUCCGUCACUUAACAAAUCACCAUUCGCGCAUCGUCAAAGCCAACCUCAUCUUUUCAACAACCUAAUUGAACUAGCCAACAGGGUGCUGAAAGCAAUAUACGUUAAGUUAGCGGACAUUGAUCAUCGUCGCAUUGUUAGAUUCCUAGACUCCACGACUAAGCUUAUUGAUCGAUGUCCAUCGUCGUUCGGUCCAGCUUUACUCAGCGGGUUACAGGAGUCUUUAGGCAUAUGGCUAAUUGACCGUGAUGGUUUGCUCACUAGCAGACCAGAUGUGGACAGUACCAUUAGUAUCUCAGCGCGACAAUUGACGUUAUCGACCGCUAAGUUGUUUCAAAAAUCAGCCGAGUCGGGAGACAGUCUAUUACAGAAGUUAUCAACGCUGAUCACAUCUGGGUUGGAAUCACGACAUAAAUUUACUCUGAACCACUUCAUCAAAUUAUGGAAUAAUUCGUUUGGUUCCAAAGAGACGCCGGUAUAUCCUGAAAAUGUGGAAAGAGCUCUGAGAAGGCUGAAGCCAUUCGUGCAUCUCGUGCUGCCAAACUUUCCGCCAGCGGGAGACUCCACGAUUGAUGUUCCUUCUCCCGAAUUCCUUAGCUCUCAAGAAGAACUAGCUCGGUCCGAAAUUCCCAUUAAUCCCCUUGAACACACAAACAAGAUUUGCAUGGCUUUUUCUCCGAAUGCUGCACAACGCACCCCGCCCCCCAGGCCAAAUAAUGGCUACCGUCGGAACAGGAGGACUCCAUCAACGACCAAGAUCACAACACCCAAGCCUCGGCUUCCACAUGAUGAUUCACACAUUCAAUUUGUCCCUGGCGAUUCCUCUCCAAGAAUCAAUCCUGCUAGUGAUACGCAGGUGCUCACUGACCGUCAAAGGGAGGUAAGGGAUAGGCAGCGAGGCGAGACCGCGGAGUUAUAUCCAGGUCUUCGUUCCUCCGAUUCGCAGCUUGGCCGGGAGACAAGCCACCCACUGCGCGCGACGAAGCUUGGAGAUCUUGAGAUCGAAAAGAGUACUCCGCCGAGUCUCAUACCUCAACUUGCCACCGCGGACAGCAAGGAGGAGUUCCUUGGUUCUUCACCAACUCCAACUGCCAAGACCUCAGUUGUGCAGUCAGAUCAAAUGAUCGGAUCGCCCUUACCAUCUGAGUUGGGCAUCGCUAGUCUACAUUCAGAGGACCCACCCUCAUCCCCUCCUCAAAUACAGACCCCUGAAAUCCGGAACGUAGAAGCGUCCGAGACCAGACGAAUUUGCGAUAUCAAAGAUCAGGAUGUUAUUAUGAAUGGUGAUCUGUCUUCCCCUCCAAGGAGCUCGCCGACACCAACCAGUGGUAACACCAGUCGUCGCCGAAGUCUUUUAAGCUCCAGGAAAAAGUCUGAACGGAGGGUGACAAGAUCCAACAGAGCCAAUAACUCAGAGCCUAUAGAAACCAAGUCAAAAUCACAUUAUCCAUCAUACCCCCAAACCGAAAAUGCCAGUCCAGUGCCAUUAGAGGCAGGUGGUGAUGAGAGACCUCCUACCUCGAAACGAAACAAUCGCAUCGCAAUGAUUGGAGCCGAUAGGAUUGAUAUUAUUCCAGACUCUUUCAGCGAUGAUCUUGAAAAGCAGAUAGCAUCUCAGCUUGAACAAGACCUUGAGUUGUCAAUGGAUAUGGAAGUCUCAAGUAGAAGAACGGAAGAACCAAACGCUUCAUUUGUGACGCGAUCGAUGAAACGAAAAAGGGAGGACAUGCCUUCGGGCCUGUGUGAUCGCAUUAAACGAGUCUCUCCAAAUAAGCGAAGCGAUGCUGUAGAUGAUAGGGCGAUUGAUUCGGAGAAUAUCUCUUCUCAGCAGGAAAAUACCACUUCUACAAGUGAAGUUUCACAGUUGAAACGAUCGAGUCGAUCAUCACGGAGAAAGGCGAAUUCAAUGCUUUAUACUGCGGAGGCUUUCAAUUCCUCGUCCGAUAUUGGCCAAUCUCCAAGUCCACGCAAGUCCAAGAAACGAAGAUCCGUUCGCUUGAGCUGUCAACUAGCAUUACCAGAAGACUCCAUAGAACAAACCGACCGACUAACGACACCGCAAAUUUCGCCUGAUUCGAAAAGAGCAGAAGAUACAGCAGCCGAUAUAGCCAUGAGCGAUCAGCCCGAGCAUUCCACUUCCAGAGAAGCGGGUCUUGCCAGUUCAGCGGAACUAGAAACCCGAUCAGACAGGGUGGAAAGUUCAGGGGUUGGUAUACUUGCGUCUCUACGUUCAGUGUUGGGAUCGCUCAGGACGGUAACAUUUGGUAGACCUGUACUCCGUGAGAUUGAGGAUGUGAUGUUUGAUAUCAAAGUGGAAGCACACGAUGCUGCAAGACGACAUGGUGGAAGUUUGUGA